CCCAGCCUUCCUAGGACCCGGGGGCGGGGACACGGGGGCUGUGCUCUGGACUCCCGAGCUCCGCUUGUUCCCACCCUCCCAGCCUCCUCCCGAGCCCCCAGGGGACUGUGCCAAACUUGGGAAGGUAUCUUCCUCUCCGCUCUCCAGGAGCUGCAGCUGAGGCUGGGAGGCAAGAGAAAACAAACCCGCGGGAAAGGAGGUUUUUGUAUUGCCAGGAUGUUUUCUUCCAGUGACUAUGGAACCACCUCCUGGGAGCUUAUCAUCCGUGUUGAUCACCAGUAUGAAGAGGAACAAAAAGAAUUCACACUUAGAGUAUCUGGAGACUUACAUAUUGGGGGAGUCAUGCUCAAGCUUGUAGAACAAAUCAAUAUAGCUCAAGAUUGGUCGGAUUUUGCUCUUUGGUGGGAACAAAAACAUUGCUGGCUUUUAAAAACACACUGGACUCUGGACAAAUGUGGUGUCCAGGCCGAUGCGAGGCUGCUUUUCACACCUCAGCAUAAAAUGUUACGCCUUCGUUUGCCAAACAUGAAAACUGUGAGACUAAGAGUCAGCUUUUCAUCUGUUGUCUUUAAAGCUGUUAGUGAUAUCUGCAAAACUCUUAAUAUUAGGAGAUCAGAAGAGCUCUCUUUGUUAAAACCAUCAGAUGAUUUUUUGAAAAAGAAAAAGAAAAAAGAAAGGAAUAAUAGAGAGCCUAUAAUUGAAGACAUUUUAAAUUUAGACAACUCUCUAACCAUUUCAGGUUCUCCAGCAAGUCCUGGCUUAUACAGUAAAACAAUGACUCCUAUUUAUGAUCCUGUCAAUGGAACGCCUGUUUCUUCUACCAUCACUUGGUUCAGUGAUAGUCCUCUGACAGAACAAAGCUGUAACAUCCUUGCUUUCAGCCAACCCAGCCGCUCACCAGAAACACUUGCUGAAAUGUUCCAGCCUCAGUCUCUAGUUGAUAAAGCCAAACUUAAUGCAGGUUGGCUAGACUCAUCCCGCUCUCUUAUGGAACAGGGCAUUCAGGAAGAUGAGAAACUAUUGUUACGCUUUAAAUACUACACAUUCUUUGACUUGAAUCCCAAAUAUGAUGCUGUUCGAAUAAAUCAACUUUAUGAACAAGCCAGGUGGUCCAUUCUCUUAGAAGAAAUUGAUUGCACUGAGGAGGAGAUGCUGAUCUUUGCUGCUUUACAGUAUCACAUAAGCAAAUUGUCAUUGUCAGCAGAAACUAUGGAUUUUACAAAUGAGUCUGAAGUGGAUGAAGUAGAAGCUGCCCUCUCUAACCUGGAAGUCACAUUAGAAGGUGGAAAAACAGAAAACAUUUUGGAGGACAUUACAGACAUACCAAAGCUUGCAGACUAUCUCAGAUUAUUUAGAUCCAAAAAACUAACAUUAAAAACUUUCAAACAGUAUUGGUUUGUCUUUAAAGACACUUCAAUAGCCUACUUUAAAAAUCAAGACCUUGAACAAGGGGAACCACUUGAAAGACUGCAUCUUAGAGGCUGUGAAGUUGUACCCGAUGUAAACGUAUCAGGGAGAAAGUUUGGAAUCAAGUUGCUAAUCCCUGUGGCUGAUGGUAUGAAUGAAGUAUAUUUGAGGUGUGACAAUGAGAAUCAGUAUGCCAGAUGGAUGGCUGCCUGCAUCUUAGCUUCAAAAGGCAAAACUAUGGCAGAUAGCUCCUACUGGCCUGAAGUAAACAACAUUCUUUCAUUUCUGAAGAUGAAAAACAGAAAUACAUCUUCACAGACACCUUCUGAUCCUGAAUGCAUGGAUAUGAAACCAGAAUGUUUUGUGUCACCUCGAUGUGCAAAGAAAUACAAGUCUAAACAGUUGGCAGCUCGAAUUCUGGAAGCCCACCAGAACGUGGCACAAAUGUCUCUAGUUGAAGCUAAGCUCCGUUUUAUCCAAGCAUGGCAGUCCUUACCGGAAUUUGGGCUCACGUACUACAUUGUGAGGUUUAAAGGAAGCAAGAAAGAUGAUCUUCUUGGAGUCUCAUAUAAUAGGUUAAUUAGGAUAGAUAUAGCCACAGGGGAUCCAAUUACAACAUGGAGAUUUGCAAAUAUGAAACAGUGGAAUGUAAACUGGGAAAUCCGGCAGGUUGCCAUAGAGUUUGACCAAAAUCUAUCUAUUGCUUUCACUUGCCGAAGUGCAGAUUGCAAGAUAGUACAUGAAUAUAUUGGUGGCUAUAUCUUCUUAUCCACUCGCUCAAAAGACCAAAAUGAAACACUUGAUGAAGAGCUCUUCCACAAAUUAACAGGAGGUCAGGAAUGAAACAGCUGACUUGGUUGACCUUUGCAAACAGUACAGCUAUAUCAUGGUUUUUGGAUUUUUGUGGGUUUUUUUUUUUAUUUUAUCCUUUGACUCUUCCUGAAAGAUAGAAUAAUAUAACAAAUUUGGUAUAAAUCCUGGAAUAUUUCCCUUGUGACAUCUCUCCCACCCUCUUUUGUUACUAGUCACUUGAAUCCAAUGCAUACCCUUCCUCCCUGAAGCAUUUUCUAUGGUGGAAUUACUUGAACCUGAAUAGUAUGACCUAAAGUUUUAUUUCAGCCGUAAGGUGGCAGCAGAGUAAUGAAGAAGGAAGAUGCCGAUAAAGUAAAGCAGUUCUUAUACGGACUAAGAAGCAUGAAGCAAAUGCUUCGGCAUCAUUCCUGUGAGGUAUCCUGAGAUGAUUCCAUCCAGGAUUCUGUCAGAUUCCCAAAGGAACUAGAACUUACCAACAAAUUUUGAGUGAUCUAUUUUCAUUUUCUGAAGCUAAAAAAUGAGAAGAAAACUUAGAAUUCAAGAGUAAUGCAUAGAGAAUCAGAUUCUCUCAUACCUAUCUCCCAGAUGAGGCAAAUCAUGAAACAUCUUUCAGCCUCUAGGUACAAGCCUCAAGAUUGAAGGCCUAACUUGAACACUUAGGCCCUAGGACCAUAUGGUUCAUGUAGUAACAAACAUAACUGAAAUAUUUUCUUCUGACACAAACUGAUAAUUUGACCAUAACCCUGGCACUGUCAAACUUCAAUAAGUAUCAUUUACAUAUCAAGCCUCCUAAUAUUUCAGUUUGUCGAUUAGAAUUAUAAUAUUUAAAGUAUACAUAACUAGCCUAUUUGUCACAAAGGACAAAGUUGAGCAUAAUUUGAGGCCUUGGUUUCAACUGAACUGUUUGGUAUUUCCCAUUUGUCUGCACAAUUUGAGGCCUUGGUUUCAACUGAACUGUUUGGUAUUUCCCACUUGUCUGUCAUUUCCAUAAUAAUUUUCAUAGAUGUUGACUGAUUUUGACCAAAUUUUGUCCGCAACAAAGAGUAUCAGGAUAAACUUCAAGUUCUGUUUAUGGGUACUUGGCUAUCACGAAGGAGACAAUGGGAGUCAAAUGAAAUCUUCCAAAUGAGUGAUUUAUACUUAGGAGAGAUGCACUUUACAAAAGUAUUAGUCUAAAUUUAGAUUAGCUCAUUAUCCUCUUGGGGGGUGGGAGGUGGGGAGAACCUUCGGCCUCGAGGCCACACUUGGUUCUGUGAAGUAUGGAUUCAGUUAGAGGGCUACACUUGAGGACCUAGAGGGCUAUGUGUGGCCUUGAGGCCACAGGUUCCCUACCAUAGUUAUAUUAUUAGAUUUCUAAAUAGCCACAUCAAGUCAACAGGUCAACCAGCAGUUAUUAAUCACUUACUGUAUGCCAAACACUGUAUACUAAAUGCUUUAUACAGCUUAUUUGUCCUCUGUAAAGCUGUUUGAGUCCAUGUUCUCCACAGUCAUCACCAUAAAAUUUUAUACUACUGUGUGCCAUUUAAAACUACUUGCUUUUCUGUCUACAUUAGAUGGGGAAAUAUACAUUUAAUUACUUUUAUAUGGAUGAGUACAAGAAGUAGAUAAGGGACUAUGAUUUCCUUGAUAGAGAGAACUUCUAGUGAGGAAAUUCUGCCAAUGUAGGCUGACCUUGUACCUCCUCUGCAGCUAAGUCUUUGUUUAAUUUUAAAUUUAUCAAAUGCAAGAUAAAAUUAGCAUUUCCUUAUACAUAGUAGAUCAGAGAAAUGAUUUUACAUGUAACUGCAAAUCUGUUAUAUGCAAUAUGCUUUUCUUUUAAAAUAUCUAAUAACAAUUCUGCACUUACAGACUUAGAGUUGACUGGAACAGUGAGAGGUUAAGUGUUAGAGUCACAUAGGCAGUUAAGUCACAUAGUCAGAGGCAGGUCUUGAACCCAGGUCAACCUGGCAUCAGGGUUGAUCCUCUAAUGCUGCCUCUGUACUUUUUAACCACAGUAAUAAAAUACACAAAGUUGGUA